AUGGCGCCACCCAUUCUUCCACCUACGCAUCAGACAACCCGGGCUAAUCAGCCACCGCAAGAUGGCGUACAGGCCGCUCGCGGUAUGCUACAAGAACCCGACCAUAUGCGAAACGUAAGGUCGCGCAUUCAGGAAGCUACUAGCGCGCUGCAGUUUGAACUACUACAACAACUAGAAGUUCUUGACAACGAUCGAGCUACAAUGAGGGCUACGCUGACUGCGGAGGCCGAUGCACAGGCUGCCGAGAUCAAGACGCUAGCUGCUAAGCUCAAAACGGCGGCCGCCGAUAAGAAAACCUUGGUGGGAGAUCUUUGUAAUGAGAAGAUGAGGAACAAGAAAGUAGAAGAAGCACUGACCGCAGAGGUCAAAACGCUGGCCGCCAAGCUCAAAUCGUCGACUGCCAAGGAGGAACGCCUCGAUGCUGAUCUCUAUGAUGAGAAGAUGAGCAAUAAGAAGGUAGAAUAA